AUUUUGCCCAUCUCUAUCGCACAUUUGCAAAAAACGACACCUACGCACGUUCGCCAAAUCAAUAUCAAAAUCAUUUAAAUUUAAAUUUAUUGAUUUUGAAUAUAAGUAACGCGCGUUUUCAUAAGGCACCUUUCCCCCGUCUGCGUCUUGCCCAGCUGCUAUUUUACUCCAUUUCGAACAAAGCAAGUCGUGGAAAAUUUUAGUCGCCGCCAGCAAAAAAUAAGAAGAAAAAUUUGCGCGUCUGUCUCUGGCUGUGUUUGUGUGUGUGUGUGUGAGUGUGUGUCUGUGUGUAUUGUACGGCCUACAUUGUCAAUUAACAAAAAGCAUUGUGAUUUUUUGAGUACUUCCGCAUCCUUAAACAAAAAAAACAUGUCCACUUCACGAGUCAACGAUGAGCCGCACAAAUUGUCCGCCACUGCCGCCGCCCUCUGCCCCCUGAGCAACUGCCAAUUUAGUGGAGUCGUAAUCAGCCAAAUAGCGGACGAACAAAGGCUGGAAUUCACCAACAAAUAUAAGGGCAGCUGCACCCUGCUCUGUAGCUACGAUUCUCAGGGAGUUGUCCUAAGAAUUGUCUUAGACAACGAUCAGGGUCAUGUGCUCAAGGAGUACAUGAUAGCGGCGGAUACGGAUGCAGCCCAAAUGGGCAAACGAAGCUAUGCCGUCUCCUUGGAAUCGGAUAAUCUAGUUCUGAGAUUCGCUAGCGAACAAGACCAGCAGCUGUUCCGCAAGGUGGUCGAGAAUGUGAAGCAUCUUAGACCGAAAUCCGUGUUCUCCCAACGCACUGAGGAAUCAUCUGCAUCGCAGUAUUUCCAGUUUUACGGCUACCUCAGUCAGCAGCAGAACAUGAUGCAGGACUAUGUGAGAACGAGCACCUAUCAGAGAGCUAUUUUGGGGAAUGCUAUUGAUUUUCAGGACAAAAUCAUUCUGGAUGUGGGGGCUGGUUCGGGCAUAUUGUCCUUUUUCGCCGUGCAGGCAGGAGCAGCCAAAGUGUAUGCCAUCGAAGCUUCCAAUAUGGCUCAAUAUGCCCAGCAGCUUGUUGAGUCGAACAAUGUGCAGCACAAGAUCUCUGUGAUACCCGGCAAGAUAGAAGAGAUUGAGUUACCAGAAAAAGUGGAUGUUAUCAUAUCAGAGCCUAUGGGCUAUAUGCUGUACAAUGAACGUAUGCUGGAGACGUAUUUACAUGCUCGAAAGUGGCUCAAGCCACAGGGCAAGAUGUAUCCAACACAUGGGGAUUUGCACAUUGCCCCAUUCUCGGAUGAGUCCCUCUACUCGGAGCAGUACAAUAAGGCUAACUUCUGGUAUCAAUCGGCCUUCCAUGGUGUGGAUCUAACCACGUUGCACAAGGAGGGCAUGAAGGAGUAUUUCCGUCAGCCCAUAGUGGACACCUUUGAUAUACGCAUAUGUAUGGCGAAGUCCGUAAGACAUGUUUGUGAUUUCCUUAAUGACAAGGAAGAUGAUCUGCAUAAGAUUGAUAUACCACUGCAGUUCCAUAUCUUGCAAACAGGCAUCUGUCAUGGGUUGGCCUUUUGGUUCGAUGUGGAGUUUAGUGGCUCUAGCCAAAACGUGUGGUUAUCCACUUCACCUACUGCACCACUGACACACUGGUAUCAAGUGCGUUGCCUGCUGCCGAUGCCAAUUUUCAUCAAGCAGGGACAGACUUUGACUGGCCGUGUGCUCUUGGAGGCCAAUCGUCGUCAAUCGUACGAUGUGACAAUUGAUUUGCACAUUGAGGGCACAUUAAUAUCCUCCAGCAACACAUUGGACUUGAAGAAUCCGUAUUUUCGGUACACGGGGGCUCCGGUGCAGGCGCCGCCGGGAACCAGUACGCAGAGCCCGUCGGAGCAGUACUGGACUCAAAUGGAUACCCAGGGCACGCGUAAUACUACUGGCAUGCUCAAUGGCGGUCUCAGCGUUAAUGGCAUUGGCGAUGGAGGCAUGGAUAUCACCCACGGACUCAUCCAUCCCCACUAAAGACUACACAAUCGAAAUGGUGGUAAAGCAUAAGCUUAAUGGAAAUUUGUCUGCAUCGAGCGAUUAAUUGGUUUUACUUUCACUUUUUUUUUUUUAUUAUCAUUUUGUCCCUGAAAAUGUUUUAUA